GGUUUCUUGCCUCGACCAUGGGAAACCCAAGAAAACACUGGACCUGUUGAUGGUAGUGCUACCCCGAUGCGACCUACUACUACUCCAGAAAACCAAUUCCCCACGCUUGUUCCUGAAUCUUCAGCAACUUCACCCGUAAUGCCUGAAGCCAUCGAAGCACCAGAUGCACUCGAAACAAAAGGUAGCGCACCACCCUAG